AAGAGGGAGUUUCAUUGUUGAGAACAUAUCAGUCCCCCUUUCCAGUGCAAUGGGCAGUGAGCAUUCAGGAUAUGAAUGGCGGAAAAUCUCAUUUUCUUUUUUUUUCAGUGUUAUCAUGGAGAGGUUUCUCCUAAGUUUGAAACCUAUAAAUUCCACUACCUACAGGGAAUCUUGUCUUAGAUUUUCCACAUGCACCUGUGGGCCAAAUCACAUAUUGUCUCUCUCCUGCUUCAGACUUCUCAGUAGGUUCCCUUAACCUACAAAAUGAAGUUGAAGCUCCUAUGCUUAGCAUACAAGGCCUGCUGUGAUCUGGCCCCAGGGUGCCUUUCUGGUACCUUUCACCGUUCCCUUCCUUUUUGUAAUGCUGAAUCACGUAGAAUUCUCUCACAGGUUACAUUGGCAUCUCUAAGCUUUGGCUAGGCUCUUCACGUAAAACUCCCUUCCACCUUUUGUUGCCUGGAAAAAUCUUAUUUCCCUGGAACUCUGCUUGGGUAUCCCCUGUAGGAAGAAAGCGUUCACUAAACCCCACAAUUCUCCUAAAUGCAUUUUGUCCGUUGUCUCAUAGCACUCUAUGAGCUUCUGUAUUUUUUACGUCUUUACAUUUUAUAAUUACAUAAUCUGUUUGUUUGUCUGCCUCUUCCACUAAAAAUCUACGCUGGGAGAGGCUAUAUCAGAUCAUAGUUAUCUUAGUAUCCCUAGUGCUUAGGUCAAUACUUGGCAUAUGAUACUGAAAAGGUUUCCAUUUAAAUGAGCUGGCUCGACUUUCAUAUGGUUGGUUAUAUCCUGAGGCCCUGUCACUGAACUUGGUCUUUUAUCUCAGAAGUUGAAGUUUCCCCUAGAGUCAGCUGCAAAGUUCCCAGAGCACGAACAACAUCAAGGCCAAUUAACUACAGAGUGGCUGCCCCGAGUCCCAAACACAAAGUCCAGGGCUUGAGGAAGGAGCAGGAGAAGGACAUGGAGGCUGCCCAGUCCACUUGCCUGUUUCUCUUAUUUCUCCUCACCUGUGGGCUGCCUCCAAAAGUUGCUGCAGAAGUUCAGGAAUCCUCAGAUGGCCCCAGUGCUUCCCAAGAGCCUGCGUGGCUCACAGAUGUCCCAGCUGCUGAGGAAUUCAUCGCUGCUGCUGAGGUGGCCAUCAUAGGCUUCUUCCAGAAUCUGGAAAUACCAGCAGUGUCUGUAUUUCGCAGCAUGGUGCAGAAAUUCCAAGAUGUGUCAUUUGGAAUCAGCACCAGUUCUGAGGUUCUGACCCACUACAACAUUACCGGAAACACCAUUUCCCUCUUCCGUCUGGUGGAUAACGGACGGCUGAAUUUAGAGAGCAAAGACAUUGAAAGCAUUGAUGACACCAAAUUAAGCCGUUUCAUUACAGUCAACAACCUCCGCCUGGUGACAGAGUACAGCCCUAUGACUGUGGUUGGCCUAUUCAACAGCUUGGUUCCGAUUCAUCUUCUCCUGAUGAUUAACAAGACCUCCCCAGGGUAUGAAGAAAACAUGCACAGAUACCAGAGGGCAGCUAAGCUCUUCCAGGGGAAGAUUCUUUUUAUUCUGGUGGACAGUGGUAUGAAGGGAAAUGGGAAGGUGAUAUCAUUUUUCAAACUUAAGAAGUCUCAACUGCCAGCCUUGGCAAUUUACCAGACUGUAGACGAUGAGUGGGAUACGUUGCCCAUAGCAGGGAUUUCAGAAGAGCAAGUGCAAAACUUUUGUGAUGGAUUCCUAAAGGGGAAACGAUUGAGAGAAAAUCAUGAAUCAGAAGAAAAGGCUCAAAAGGUGGAACUCUGAUUUCUCCAUGAUACUUCUUCCUACCACCAAAUAUCUACUUUAUGCUGAAUAAAAACAGGCAACUCAAACCCUAAAGACACUAAACAGGAUCAUCAGGCCUUCCAACCACACACAUAUGCACACACACAUACACAUAUGCACACAUACAGAUACACACAUACACACACCCACUGCUCUGUUUUAUUCCUUAAAAUCUCAUUUGCUCUUUCCUUUUUUUUAAUUUUCUUUAUCUCUCACUAUCUACCCAAUUUUCUUUUAUGCAUUCAUACUGUGUAGUUUCAUCUGUGAUAUCACUGGUUGAAGGCUUUCAGAUAAACACUGUGAUGCCUACAAAGGAGGCACAUUUCUAGAGAGAUUGUGCUGGUUUGUCAUUUAACACUGAGUUUGUACACUGCAUGACUUAGACACAACAUAGUCUCUGCUGUUUUCGGGUGACUUAAGGGCUGAAGUUUUACCUUACCUCACAAGUACACAUCUCCUCUCUGACUCAGGACCAAGAACAAAAGAAUGGUUUUAAACAGCAUUUGGGAAUUAUGUGUUUUUGCCAGAAGUUAAAUGAGGUUUCCAACACUCUGAACUUAGCAGAAGCAGACCAUGUGCAAACUCCAUGCUUAUUUAGCAUUCCCAACUCCCUGUGUAAAUCAACAACUUGCAUAAUAAAUAAAAGGCAAUAAUGUUAUAGGAAAAGACUGGCAUCUCUUUGCAGGCCAAACCUUUAGUAAAUACCCAGCUGCCCAACUACACAGUAUGUACCUCACCCUUCAAUGCCCACUGUUUAGUAUCAGGCCAUAUGCCACUAACAUGUUAUUGUUUAUUCUGUGGGUGGGACUGGAGGUGGAUAGAGGCCAUCCUGCAUGAGAUUGGCAUAAAUGUAGCAAAACAGUUAGGAAUCGAUUUAGGUAAAUGGUUGGGGAAUGGGUAGGGGGAGGGGAGCUGUGGUGGGCUGGAGUUGACUAAACCAUGGAUUAUUGCAGGUGAGGUGUGCAAUCCAGCCCAUAAGGAAUAGAGGGAGUGUUUGCCCAAGUGUCUCUGGCCCACAGGCUGUUACUGUCAACACACAGAUGCUACAUUGUACCCAGGAGGCCCUUGGCUCAGAAGGAAAGUGCCUAAGUGCUGAAGAGCUGAAAAACCACAUAUGUAUAUCUAAGCAGUGGUCCAAGUAAAGAACAGAGUGAAAGGCAUGGUUGUUCCCUUCUGUGGGGAAAAGUCCACAGCCUCGAAGCUGAGAGUCAGCCGCUGGCAACGACACUGUGAAAGCAGCAGUGUGCAGCACAGCUCUCAGAAACAUGAGGCUGAACUUCUGAGGGGUCACCCAGUCCAUCCACAGGGCUGCACUAAACCACCAAACAGUCUUUUGCUUGAGGCUGAAAAAUAUUGCUAGGGCAGGCACAUCCCAGGAGCCUUUCUUUGGUCAUGUAAGCCAGAGUUCUGGACAUUCUAAGUCAGGAAAUUCUUCCUGAUGUCUAGUCUAGGUCCCCCAGCCACGCAAGCUUAUUUCUUCUCAUCUACCAUCUAUGAACCACCACUAUCUGUCAGUUUAUCAUACUACGGUGGCUUGCGUGUUACUAUGAUACUGGAAGCUAUGCCGCUGGUAUUUCAAAUACAAGCAGGGUUCCCAGUGGUGGGCCAGUAUCAGCAGAGCUUCCAGGCUAAGAUAGACUAAGAAGGGCCUGGUGAUCUACUUCUGAAAAUUAGUCAAUGAAAACCCUAGGGAUCACCACAGAACACUGUCUGAUUACCAACAGUCAUGAAGAUGGCACAGGACCAAGCAACGUUUCAUUCUGUUAUACGCUGGGUUGGAGCCAACUUGAUGGCAAUUGACAACUCUCUGUGGAAAUUCUUAACAGCUGCCAGUCACUAUCUGGCAAAAGACACUUUCAACUCCUUGUUGGUUACUCUUAAGCCCCCUUAUCCAAUCUUCUUUUCUCCAUACUCACAAUCCAACUUCUUUAUCAAUUAUUUCCAAGUUCUUUGAUUCAUCUUGCUCUUUCUCAACUUUCCCCCUUUCUUGCUUAAAAUGUUAGGACCCCCAAGCUAUUGUAGGGAUUUGGCAAAUGCCAAAGAAUAAAUUCCCAU